AUGGGCAAAGUACGUACAUCGUACACUGCCAAGGAAAAGCUUGCUGCUAUUUCCUAUGCAGAGGCACAUGGCAACAGAGCAGCCGGACGCGAGUUUGGCUGUAAUGAAGCCUGUGUUCGUCUGUGGCGCAAGCAGAAACCCAGUCUGCUUCGCCAGAAAAAAAACCAACGGGCUGAGCGAGGUCAGUCGGCCAAGUUCCCUCAACUAGAAAAGAGGCUGCUAGACUUCGUUAACGACCGACGCCGACAAGGAAUAUCCGUCUCAACCAUCGAACUGGGCUUUGAAGCCAAAAAACUUGCCAAAGGGAUAGAAGGGACAGAGACAUUCAAGGCCUCACCUGACGGGGGCAAGUUACCGCCUUACGUCGUCUUCAAGCGUAAGACCAUGCCCAAAGGCGUCAAGUGGCCGAAGGGAGUAGAAGUGCGGGUACAAGAGAAAGGCUGGAUGGACACGAACCUUGUCCGCGACUGGAUCAAGACCGUGUGGGGCCGUCGUCCAGGUGGUGUCUCCCGGCGUUCUUUACUUGUCCUCGACGCCUUCAGGGCACAUACGUCCGAUGACGUUAAGUCAAUGUUAACCGACUACAAGACAAAUCUGGCGGUUAUACCCGGUGGGAUGACUUGCAUGCUGCAGCCACUAGACGUCAGCAUCAACAAGCCAAUGAAGCAAAUGCUACAGAUGAAGUGGAACGAAUGGUACUGCAGCGGUCCACAGUCAUUUACUGCCGGGGGGCGACGAAGAAAGCCGGAACUUGAGGAGAUCUGCCAGUGGAUAGUCGACUGCUGGCAGCAACUAGAUCCUGCAAUCAUCCAGCGUGCAUUCAAGAAGUGCUGCAUCAGCAACCAUCUUGACGGCACAGAAGAUGACAUACUAUUCAAGGACCUAAUUAAAAGCCGAUCCCCAGUUCCUGACCUCGCCGCAGACAAAGACGAUGAGAGCGAAGACGAUGAGACAGAUCCAACCGGAGAGGAGACAGUCUACACGGAUGUUGAUCCGCAAGGCAUGUCUUCAGAAGAAAUUGCUCGCUUUUUCCAAAGCGACGAUGAAGAGAGCGAUUUCGAGGGGUUCGACGAAAGUGACCUCAAGUGCAGUAAAGUGACCCCGAUUUUGGAGCUGACCAGCACGCAGCCCACAGACCUACAGGGACUUCAGUGGAGCCUGGAAACUGUCAUGGGGGGAAUCAAAAGCCUACAGAUAAAUCAGGAGGCCAGUGUUCAGUCAUUGCAGAGAACAUACAAGAAACAUGGGGCAGUCAUGAUAGAACAAUUGCAUGGCAAUUUAAAUACUAAUAUAGAUAAGUAUUGUAAAAUUUCUGUGGGUUUUAUAUCGGGAAAAAAAUUAAAAGAAAAAAUGUGUUGGAGUGUUCUUUCUAUCUUGAAUGAAUUUGAUAAUAUUACUGUAAAGGAACUAAACGAGAUAAAAGAGGAAGUUAUAAGCAUAAAAGGGUCAGUUACAAGUUCUAUUUAUAAAUGCACCAGUCUUCACAAUGACUUGUCACAAUUCCAUGAAAUUGUUAAGAAAAUUGGAGAUAAUAAGGAGCUCUGCCUUAUAGCCAGCAUAAAAUGUAAGCAUAUAAUACAGCAGGCACUGACUCUGCUGGGAAAGUCAGGCAAGGCGUUUAAUGUCCAGAGUAAUACUAAGCACAAUGUGAGAAUACCAAGUGAUUCACAUGAAUGUUUUAUCACAGGCAUAUGUGUUCUGACUGAUGGGCAGGUGCUGGUUGCAGACAGGGAGAAUAAGAGGUUCAAGCUGCUGAACCAGCAGUACCAGGUGGUGAGUCACUGUGAUGUGACUGUAUAUGUAAGGGACAUGUGUCAGAUCACACCCAGUGAGGUUGCAGUGGCUGUGAAUGAUGAUUAUAGCAACACACAUAAUGUCCAGUUUAUCACAGUCACCCAGAGUCAGCUCACUCUUGGUAGGAAGCUGGAGUUACAACAUACAUGUAUAGGUAUUGACCACCACGAGGGUGAACUGUAUAUCUGCUCUGGUACUGCUCUGUUCAAGUACACACUGAGUGGCAAACAGCUCUGCAGACUCUAUGAAGAUGCUUAUGACACAGUAGAGAAGUGUGCUGUGAGUCCCACAGGAGACAGGCUGUACAUCACCAGCCCUGACCAGAACAAGCUUCUCACCCUGGCCAGGGAUGGCACACUCCUGGCUACAUACACAGACCCAGCACUAGUGUGGCCAGAAGGUCUACAUGUGACCCCUGCAGGCCAGGUGCUGGUCUGUGGAUGGAGGUCCCACACUGUACUACAGGUGGGCUGGGAGGGGCAGAGUAAGCUGGCUACGCUGGCUACUGAGAAGGAUAGAGUGUUGUACCCAAGGUCAGUCUGCUACAGCAGCACCACAUCAUCCAUCAUUGUGGGACAGCAGUGGGAAGACAACAUCCUGGUGUUCAGAGUGGAAUAGUGUGUACAUUUGCUGCUGACAGUCGGGACAACGAUGCUGAGGAUGUGGGGGACAAGCAUGACGCAGAAGGAGAGCACCAGCAUUAAUAUCGAGUUGGCCAAGCAACAGCACCAGUCUGGCCUGCAGGAGCCCCAAUACAGAACCAUCCUUUCCCUCCCCUGAUCCCUAGCUCCUCCCACUGGACCUCCGGCCUCAAAGGGUCAGCAUCGUUACACAAGUCUGUGCAAUAAAUCCUCAGCACGUCAAGUUUUCACGCGCUGUUAUGAACAACCGAAAUAUCUGUGUCGAGAUUUCCCCAAGCAAGCCCGAGUAGUUUUGUUUAGCUCUAGUGCCAGAGAUGGAUGAGUGUUACAGAAGCGAGACGUUAUAGCAGUACUUAUGGUAAUGCUAACAGUUAACGCAAACAGUUAGUUCCUGCUGUGGACAUCACAAAGAAUCUCACGAAGAAUUAAACGUUGAAUAAUUUGUUUAAUUCUUUAUAAGACAGCUAUAUAUUCAGCAAGGAACGAGAGAAAAAAAGGAACAAUUGAAAUGAUUCAUUCAGAAGUAUAUCUGCUGUAGAUAGUUAGGACAGUAGUAGCGUUACAGACUGUCCUCAGCGCACAAUAUAUUCAUGUGGUGCACCACAGACGCAAAUUCCCCCCAUUAUUGAAAACAAGUUGCUAAAAGUAAACACGUCCGGUUUUGCACUCCGAGCCCAAAGGGCAUUGCAUUGAAUUGAGACUAAAGAAGGCUAAAAAACAUGACACCAGUUUUGUUGUAUGCUCCAGUACACCCUUCGACUCUCAGCCCGAAGUUAAUCAGAACUCAAACUCGGCCCUUAACAAUAUCCGCGAGGCCAGCAUAUCAGCUCAGCUUCUGAGCUUCAGCACCUGCUAAGCAUAGAAGACAAAGGAGUAGUGAAAGGCUCAGCCAAAUCAAAGUCCAGCGAUGUGAGGGUGAGACAGCCUUACCAUGUCCUCGUAUUGCAACAUGAAGGACAUUUUAGCUGAAACUAACAAGGGAGAGAACUGUAGAUCUGCACCAGCACAGAGCACCAGCAUUGAUAUCAAGUUGACCCAGCAACCGCACAAGUCCCGCCUGCAAGAGACCCAGUCCAGAACCACCUUUCCCCGCCCCUGACUUCUAACUCCUCCCCCUUGACCUCCUAACUCAAAAAGUCAGCAGCGUUGAACAACUCCGUUCUGCAGGAAAUUCUGAGCAUAAUUCUGUUCUGAACAAACGCAAUGCCCACGUCAAGUUGUCCACACAUAAGCCUGGGUAGUUUUGUUAAGCUAGAGUUCCGCGUGGGCCUGAAAGGGACGAGUGUUACAGACACGAAAAGUUAAAGAAAAAAAUAGCAGUAGUUAUGGUUAUGCUAACAGUCGGUUGUUGCUGUUGGACAUCACAACAAAUAUCAUGAAGAAUAAAAAGUUCAAUAACUUGUUCCAAUCUUUAUGGGACAAACAGAAAUUGAACAGGAGAAAAUCAAGGAACAAUAAAAGCAUAAGCUUUCCUAUGGGAUACUUCGACUGCUGUUGAUAGUUUGGACAACAGUAGGGUUACGGACUGCCCCAGAUUGUCCUCUCAGCGGCCAAAAUAUCAUAAUAGAACGGACUUUUGGCAAUGUUACUAACAAAGAAAGGCAAUAAUGACUUGGUUGUGAAUACCCAGAGCACGAUACAUCCAUGCUGACAAAGAAAGGCGGUAAAUGACUUGGUUGUGAAUACGCAGAGCGCGAUACAUUCAUGCUGACACAUAAAGGCAGUAAUGACUUGGCUGUGAACACAGAACACAAUACACCCAUGCUGACACAGAAUGGCAUUAAUGACUUGGCUGUGAAAACAGAGCACAAUACAUUCAUGCUGAAACAGAAAGGCAGUCAUGACUAUGCUGUGAACACCCAGAGAACGAUAUAUUGAUGCUGACGCAGAAAAGCAGUAAUGAUUAUGCUGUGAACACCCAGAGCAAGAUAUAUCCAUGCUGACACAGAAAGGCAUUAAUGACUAUGCAGUGAACACCCAGAGCAAGAUAUAUCCAUGCUGACACAGAAAGGCAGUAAUGACUAUGCUGUGAACAACCAGACCACAAAACAUCCAUGCUGACACAGAAAGGCAGUAAUGACUCGGUUGUGAACACCCAGAGCAAGAUAUAUCCAUGCUGACACAGAAAGGCAGUAAUGAUUGGCUGUGAACACAGAACACGAUACACCCAUGCUGACACAGAAAGGCAGUGAUGACUUGGCUGUGAACACAGAACACGAUACACCCAUGCUGACACAGAAAGGCAGUAAUGACUUGGCUGUGAACACAGAACACAAUACAUCCAUGCUGACACAGAAAGGCAGUAAUGUCUUGGCUGUGAACACAGACCACAAUACAUCCAUGCUGACACAGAAAGGCAGUUAUGACUUGGUUGUGAACACAGAGCACAAUACAUCCUUGUUGACACAGAAAGGUAGUUAUGACUUGGUUGUGAACACAGAGCACAAUACAUCCUUGUUGACACAGAAAGGUAGUUAUGACUUUGCUGUGAACUCAGAGCACGAUACAUCCAUGCUGACACAGAAAAGCAGUUAUGACUUGGAUGUAAAUACCCAGAGCACAAUACAUCCAUGCUGAAACAGAAAGGCAGUAAAGACUUUGUUGUAAACACUAAGAGAUCCAUAUAUCCAUGGGGUGUGCCACAGACGCAAAUUACGCCCACUAUUGUGAACAAGGUGCUUAAAGUGAACAUGUUUGGUUUUGUUAUGAGCACUUAGCACUCCGAGCCCAAAAGGCCUCGCAUUGAAUUGAUGCAAGAAAGGGCUUUGAAAAAUAACAGCAGUUUUGUUGUGUGGUCCAGUACGCCCUUUGACUUGCAACCUGAAUAAAGCAGAACUCAAACUCGGCUCUUAGCAAUAUCAGCAAGAUCAGCAUGUCAUCUUAGCUUCUUGAGCACAGUGACCUUAACUAGCAAACAUGACAAACGUCAUUGAAUUGAAAGUUGGUGACAACCCCCUUCUUGCACAAACACUACAACUCGCUUAAGAAAUUCAGCAUGAAGACGUCUUGCGUCAGACUACCAUACCUCCUAUCAAUAUCUCCUCCCAUGUUGGCUACAUCAACACUUUCAACAGCAGAGCCUUGGUGAGUUUGACUUCCGUCUCAGCAUCGAUGUCGCUUAGCAACAAUUGGAUGAUGGGCGUCGACAAAUUAGGCCGGACAAGUCCCUCGAACUGAAAUGAUCUGAUCCAACAGGUAGAGCAGGCGUUGCGUGACACGUCCGUUAAUGUGACUGACCUCCAUAUGUUGUUCUCGAAUAAUGGGAACCUUAGGCCUGGAAAGCAGUAUGUUGUUGAUGCGAUUCAACAACAGUUGUUGUUGGCAAUUCUCGGGUUUGGGGUGGCGAUUUCGGCGUCAGGACUCGCUCCAUCUCUGUCUAUGGCCAAGUCGCAGCAACAACAGCAGCAGCAACAAGAACAAUAAGUAGUAUCUUAGCGGUGUUCUGGGAUAUGGGGUUUCAUGUAUGUGCUUAAAUUGUCAUCCCAGAUUAGCCUGUGCAGACUGCACCUACAUUAAGUCCUAUUAAAUUGUCAUCCCAUAUUAGCCUGUGCAGACUGCACAUACAUUAAGACCUAUUAAAGUGUCAUCUCAGAUUAGCCUGUGCAGACUGCACAUACAUUAAGACCUAUUAAAAUGUCAUCCCAGAUUAGCCUGUGCAGACUGCACAUACAUUAAGCCCUAUUUUCCCAGAAUGAGGCUCAUAUAGUUGACUUAACAUCAGUAUUUUUUCUGCCUGAUUGAGAAAAAGGUUCAAGCAUCAAAUAGUAAGUAUGUGUUUUUAAAAUUAAUCAACUUGGUAAAUAAAUAGCAAAUAGCAAUUGAUCUAAUAUCAGGUUUAAUCAUAGAAGUUCAAGGCAUAGUUUUGUCUACGUUUCGGCCGAAAUUCAGCCCUUGAACCAAGCCUUUAUCCUUGCAUACAAAAUCCGCUGUAAUAGACUUGUUAAAUUUUAUUUAAUUUUAGCAAAACAAUUAUUUAAAUGACUUCAGCACAUUAUACAAUUAUUCCCUUCAAUAUUUAUUUAAGUUCCUAUAUUUUGUUUUAAGAGCCGGUUCCUACAGGAUCCCAUGCAGUCAUAGAUCGGUACCCAGCUGAACAACAGGCUGUCUGGUAAGCUGGGCCCAGAUAGGCGCAGCCAGUCUUAUGCUGGGGCUCCAAACUUUCCUGCCAAGUGGGCUGAUUUUACCUCUUCUACAAGGGACAUAUGUCAGUGAUGCGCAAAGAGCUGGUUUUCUGUUCACAGAGAAAUAUCCUAACAACUCCAACUCAGCCACUACAUCUUAAUAGACAACCUGAAUAUCAAGGCGUAAAGUUUCUUCUGGAUGCAGUUACAGUCACAGCUUUCAAGCCAGCAGCUGUCGAUGUAUUGAGAUUCUCUCCUCUCCAUGUUACCUGACCUGCUGCCUGUGAACAUUCUGCACAUAGAACCUUUAUCCCAAUCGAUGUAAUUAAACCGGCCAAUCAAAAAGACAGCCUGUUACAGCACUUGUCAUUAGAUUGACGCCAUGCAUGCCUUUGAAGAUCAUUUAUACAUACAAUUUAAGCAUGAUAGUCAAUAAGUGCCUGCGUUGGCUUCUUAAGAGACUCGCAGUCCUGAGCAUUUACGAUGGAAUUCCUCAUCUUGAAAUAUUGGGAAGGCAGGAAAACACCUGACAAUAUUUAAUUUAUUUAUUGUAUAAACAAGACAUGCUUAUUUUUAGUUUUUACCUAUAAAAUGGCAAUAUGUGCUAGGUAAUUGAUCAGAACGGUUCAUAAUUGUGAUGUUUCCAUUUUGAUAUGUCUGUCAUUCUGUCUGUGUACAUUUCUCAUCAGUUUGCUCUUUUGAGGCAGUAUUUUGUCAAGCAUUUCAUGUAGUGAUGUAAUAGUAAAAUAUCAAAUAAUAAUUUGAUUUAUUCAAACUAUAUUAACCUUCUGUUAAUUAUCAAUUUAGUUAUUGAAAACAGAUAAUUUGUUUAAUAUUAACAAUAGUUAAGCGCGUUAUAAAAAUUGUGUGAAUGUACAUGCAUAAUAUUGCGAUAAUUAAUGCACACAUUAAUGGAAAAACUAUUUAAAUAAAGUGGAAUUUAGAAGUGCAUCUUAAUUGUAAUGGUGUUUGUUUAAUUAUUAAAAAAAGGAUGCUUUCUUUGUUGAAAAGCAAUUCCUCCACAAGUAAUUUUGUUUCAAAGUGAGUAUUUUCAUGAAUAAUGAUCCUAGAUAUGGUUGUAGGUAGUUCUUGUUGUAUCAUAUACUGACAUGCUCAUCAUUUGUGUUGACAUUUGCAUUCUAGCAUUAAAAGUUCAUUAUGCUUUAAAUAUUUGUAUGUACACAUUUGCGACCAGCUUUUCUAAUGUAAUAAGUGAAUAACAUAACACAGAUUUAUGUGUCACUGUAUAUAAGUUUAUUUUGUCAUUUGUAAAUAGAUCAACUGCAAAGCUAAUGUUUCUGUUUGUACAUUAUUCAUGAAAUGUUGCCAUUUCAAACAGAUACAUUCACUGUUUGAAUUCAUUUGUACAAAAUUGUUUCAUAUUAAACAUCAUUAACAUAUCAGGCAAUAGAACAAAAGAAUUGCUUCGGAUAAUUGUGCAAAUUAACCUGUAUAGUUAAUUCAGACAUGCAGAAUAUCAGAUCAUUAACAUACUUUAAGCAUUAAAAACACCUUGUUUUAUGUCAAGCUUUUCAGUUAUUAUAAUUAGCAACUAUUAUCUGGACAUUUGGAAAACAGUGAAGAACGAUUCAAGGGACAGCAACUGUGAUAUACUAAAUAAAAGUCGUCUCCCUUGUUAGAGUAUAAUUGUACCUCUCAACGUAACAAGAACAUUGAAUCUUUUUUUUUUAUUAUUCCACACUUUAAACUUUAUAUUAUAUUCAUUCAAUAAUCAUUAAAGAAAUAUGGUUUGCAUAACUGUUUAUUUCUAUGCGUUAUACCAAAUUCACCAGUAUGGCAUCAAUUUAAGUUCAUCAUAUUUUAAUUGCCAAAAUUGGCCAUACAGUGCUUAAAGUUUGGUAUUCUGAAUAUUUAACCAGGUUUUCCGAAGGAAAAAACUGGUUAUUAGAUUGGCGAAUGCGGGCGGGCUGGCUGGCUGGCUGGCGGGUUGGCUGGCGGGCUGGCGGGCGGGCGGAACAAGCUUGUCCGGGCCAUAACUAUGUCGUUCAUUGUCAGAUUUUAAAAUCAUUUGGCACAUUUGUUCACCAUCAUUGGAUGGUGUGUUGCGCGAAAUAAUUACGUCGAUAUCUCAAAGGUCAAGGUCACACUUUGAGUUCAAAGGUCAAAAAUGGCCAUAAAUGAGCUUGUCCUGGCCAUAACUAUGUCAUUCAUUGUGAGAUUUUAAAAUCAUUUGGCACAUUUGUUCACCAUCAUGGGACGGUGUGUCGCACGAAAGAAUUACGUCAAUAUCUCCAAUGUCAAGGUUGCCACGACUAAAAAUAUAUUUUUUUUUAAAACAAACUUACAAAGGGGGUUUAUUUUGUUUGUUCAUUUCAAAAGUUCAGUUUGAGUUUUCUCCCUUUAUCAGAUUUUUUUUUCACAAUGAAAACCUGGUUUUGUGACAAUUUUGUCCCUAGUUUAAGUGCAUGUUCUUAUAAAAAAUCACAUUGUAUAUUUUAACACUGAAGCAAUAUGUGUUAAUAUAUUAAUUUUUAUUUAUUGACUUGUUGUUGCUUGUUAAGGUGUCUAAUUUUGAACUAUAGCUGUUAAUAGAUUGUGACUAUUUUCCAGUUUUUAAUGGUUGCUUUUAGGUUCUUGUUUACAAGUUUUGUAAAAGCUGUUUUCAUGUUGACCGCUCCAUAUUAAAUGUUGUUGACGCGCAUUCACUGCGGCCAGGUUCCGUAAAACUCCCAACAAAUCUGAUGUCUUAUGAUUGGAUUCCAUACACACAUGGUUGUUUAUACUCAGCUUGCUUUGCAUUAAACAUGUCUGCUUUGUUGUUGAACAAUUAUACACAGCUUUUUAUUGGACAAAAUUGUGUAAUAUUUCAAAUUUUUGCUUUCGAUUUUUUAUUUCCAACAAAAAUAUAUUUUGUUUAUUUGUAUGUAUACUUAGCUAUAAUAAAAUUGUUUCUAUAAUAUAUAAACAACCUAUUUAUAAGCAAUAAACUAUAUUGGUAAAAGUAGAUUUAAGGUUCAAAAUCAUGUCUUAAUUUGUUCGAUUAUCCCAAAUUAAAAUUUUGCAAAAGAUAAACUUGUUGAAUAAAGAAAACUUUAUGCAACGUACCACCAGGUCUUUUAACCAUUGAUUGUGUAUCACUAAUGAUCAGGACUUUAUCAGGGAUUAAUAAUUGCCUAUGCACGGUUAUAAUGUUUGUGUUUUUGAAUUGAAUCAUUUCUGUAGUUUGGUGCACAUUAAUUGUUGUUGUUUUUUUAAGACAUAGCACAUGUCAUAUUAUAUAGUAUCAUUGUAGUUUUGGUAUGUUUAGGGAUAUAAUCAUGUUAAUGUAUGUGAUUUGCUGAUCCAUCUCUUGUUGUUUCACUCCAUUUAAUGUAUAUAGCCAUGCAUAGAGCAGGAAUAUUGUUGUACUGUAAAAAAAUGUUGUUAUAGCAAAUAAAAAAUGUAUGUUAA